AUGCUUUGGAACUCGAAGCAUCCUUAUUUCUACUGCAUUGGACUUGCCGGGAUAUCCAUGGGGGAGAGGACUAUCCUCGCGCCGAAUAUGCUGCCGAGCGUGAACCGCAUAGGGGAUGACGGCGUGGUUGUUGACAAUGGAACCACGUUGACGAUGUUGCCGGAAAAAUUGUACAAUGCGGUGGUGAGUGAGUUCGACUGA